GUUCGAAGCGCCUUCUAUGCACAAGGCUUCAUAGCAUACACGUAGAACAAGGACACCUGGGCUUCGCUCAAAAAAGUGCGGGUCAAACAUUUCUCAUGUGUCCUUCUUCAGGGCAGCGACUACCGUUUCGGAGGAAAUGAACCAGCACAUGUGCUCAGUUGUAACGUAAUGUACCCGGGCGUGCCUUGUUUGAGCGGCCGGUGGCAGCGGGGCACGGACUGAGGACUUGCGAGCUGCGCAACCAUGGAACGCCCGAAUGAGCUCAGCUUCAGUGUGCGUAACAGUGGAGAACAGGGUGGUGCACCUGGCCUCGGGAACGGCGCUCUGGGCGUUGGCGACCUUCAGCUGUUGACCGGUGAAGAGCUGGAGGCUCGCCUGCAGAUCCAUGAACGAAUCGGCGGUGGAUCCACCGCGCGUGUGUAUCGGGGCACCUUGGAUGGCGUCACUCCCGUGGCGGUCAAAGUGCUGCACCCGCACGCGGCGCAGCGAGAGGCGACCUUGCAGGACUUUUUGCGGGAAGCUCAAGUACUGGCACGCCUGCAGCAUAAGCACAUCGUGAAGCUGCACGCUCUGGCGCAUCUGCCACCUAGCUUCGGCGGCCUGCCCACCCGCCGCUUCACGUGGGGCAUCGUGACGGAGUACAUGGAUGCCGGCGCCAUGACGCGGAUGGUGCAGGACGCGGCGAAGGCCUACAAACAGCAGCAGCGCGCGCGGCAGCAGCUGGCGGCGGCGGCGGCGGCCAACGCCUCUGUCACCUCCCACGGUCCGGAGCGGACCGCCUCCCUGCGCGCGCUCAAAGCCAGCCUGUCCUUCCUGCGCCGCUCCCUCACGCCUCAACACCGCGGCGGCGACGGGGCCGCAGGUGGCGGCGGUGGCGGCGGCGCAGAUGCGGCGGGCGGGUCCAGUGGAGCCGGCGCCGGCGGUGGUGGUGGCGGCGGGGCGGUGGCGGUAGCCGUCGGCGCGUCCUCGUCCUCGCCUCGCAGCGUGGUCAGCCCUAUGCGGGGACCCGCGGGCCGACUGGUUGGCAGCCGGAUGAACUCGCUCACGGUGGCGGCUGGCGGCGGGCUGGCCGACCACAGUGGCGGCGGCGGCGGCGGCGGCGGCGGUGGCGUGGCGGGCCUGGUGGUGCCGGCGCUGCCAUACAGCGACCGGGAGGCGAUGGUGUGGUGCAUGGAGCUGGCGCUGGCGCUGCAGUUCCUGCACGCGCAGACGCCGCCGGUGGUGCACAGAGAUAUCAAGACGGAGAACGUGCUGAUGGGCACGAUUCCCGGGACGACCGCGCCCGGCGGCUUCGCCGCGGUCGCCACCUCGCCCUCGCUCCCCCUCCAACGCGGCGGUACCGAGCCCUUCGCCCUGGCGUCAGCCGGCAGCGGCGCAGUGCCCGCCAGCGUCGCCGCGGCGGCGGCGGCCGCCGCCGCCGCCGCGGCCGCCGCCGUUGGGCGCGAGAUGGGCGCCGGUGGCGGCGGCGGCGACAGCCGCGCGGCGCAUGGUCUGGCGCGGCGGGUGCUGUCCAUUCAGGCGGCGGCGGCGGUGGUGGCGGCGGCGGGGGAGGCGGCGUCGCGUGCGGCCUCCAUGACGUUGGCGCAGCGGCCGGGCGCGGGUCGGCCGCUCACGGCCAAGCUGUGCGACUUCGGGCUGCACGUGGUGCUCGACGCCUCACGCCCAGUGGUCAGCGUGCGGCGGCGCUCCUUCGACUACAGCGGCGCCGGCGAGGCCAUGGCGGCGGCCGCCGCCGCCGCCCUCACCGCGUCCGGCGCCCUGGGCGCCUCCGGCUACAGCGGCGGCGUGGCGGGGUCGGUGGGCCACCGCUCGGCGCGCCCCUCGGCGGCGGGCGGCCCCAUCGGGGCUGGUGGCGGAGGCGGAGGCGGAGGCGGCGUGAGCUUGCCUGGGAUGCAGCAGCAGCAGCUGCAUGGCGCGAUGAUGCCGGGGGCGGGGGGUGGCGGGAGCGGCUGGCGGCCGGAGCCGCGCUCGCGGCGGGGCAGCUACAUGUCCAACAAGGGGCCGGAGGAGGUGGGGCCGUACCGGAGAGCCGGCUCGCGCGAGGGGGACUCCUUCUCACGCGCCAACCCCUUCACGCGGAAGCCCUCCAACCUGUCCCACCAGGAUCCCGCAGAGGCCUCCAGCCCCCCCGGCGGCGCCGGCGCAGCCAUGAACCGCGGCUUCGCCGACCAUCGCGCUGCCACCGCCAGUGGCGACGGCUUCGCCGGCGGCCCCUUCGCCGCCGGCGCCUACGGCGCCGCCGCGGCGGCGGCGGCCUUCGCCACAGGCGGACCUGGAGGCGCCGGCGGCAGCCUGGGCCGCAUGCCCGCGCGCGCGGGCAGCGGCCCUUACAGCAUGGGGCAGGUUGGCGGCGGCGUGGGCGGCGGCGGCGGCAGCAGCGUGCGCAGCCCCAAGGUCAGCGGCCCGGGCCUCGCCGGCACCGGCAGCGGCGGCCCGCCGCGCUGGAAUAGUGGCAGCGCCAAGCUUCUGGCGCAGCAGGCGGCGGCGGCGGGGCAGGGCGGCAGCCCCGGCGGCGCAGCCGCCGCCGCCGCCGCCGCAGGCGGCGGCGGUUUCCCCAGCGGCUUUCCCGGCGGCUUUGCCCGCGACUUGCUGCCAGGCCCGGGGCAGCCCGGGUACGAGCCGCCGGGUGUGGGCAGCAGCCGUGGCGGCGGCAUGGCAGCGGCGCGCGCGUCACUGGACCUGCUGCUCAAAGGCCGCAUGUCGGGCAAUGAGGCGGUGGCGGCGGUAAAUGCGGCCGCCGCCGCCUCUGCCUCCGCCGCCAGCGCCGCCCGCGAUAGCACAGCCUCCUCCCACUCCCAGUCCGUCAACGCCACUGCCACGGUGGCGCCGGGAAUGGUCGACGCCGGCGGCAGUGGCGGCGGCCGCGGCAGCGGCGGCGGCCGCGGCAGCGGUGGCGGCCGCGGCAGCAGCGGCGGCCCGCCGGGACUGGGGUCGCAGCCGGGGUCGGCCACGGCUCGGGAGUCGGGAGCGGGCGUGUCGCCGUUCCUGCAGGGCAGGUAUUCCGGCACGGCGCAGGGCGGUGGCGGUGGCAUGGGCGCGGGCGAGCGUGGCGAGCGUGGCGGCGGCGGCACGGCGCAGGGCGCUAUGGAGAUGCUGAGCACGGCACAGAUUAUACAGCAGCUGCAGGCCGGGAGCACUGCGUUGCCACAGGUGCCCGUGGGCGGCCCCGGCUCCCGCCUGCGUCCCUCCAACGCAGGACCCUCAGCCGGACCCUCCGCCGGACCCUCCUAUGCCGGCCCCUCCGCCGGCCCCUCCACGGACCUGCCCGGCCUGCCGUCCUCGCUCCUCAUCGCCACCCGCAGCAGCACAAGCCGGCCCGGCGUUGGCUUGGGCGGGAGCCCGAGCGUCGGCACGGGUGCCGGUGCGGGUGCGGGUGGGGGUGCUGUGGUGACGGCGGAGAGCCCUGGAGGAGGAGCAGGAGGAGGAGGUGGAGGAGGAGGGGGAGACAAGGGCGGCCGCAUACCACGGCUGAGCCAGUCGCCCGCCACAAGCUCGCGCGGGACGCGGCUGCGCAGCAAUGCGGCGCAGGUGGCACAGUACCUGGCCAUGAUGGAGGAGGACCUGCAGCUGGACGUGGUGUCGAGGGCCUCAUCCAGGGCGCAGCAGGACAUGGAGCUCUACGCAGCCGGCAUGAGCUCGCGCCAGGGCUCCGCCUCCACCCUCAACACACACGGCGCCGGAGGCGGCGGCGGCGGCCGCAGCGGCAACCCCAGCGGCCUGCUCGGCGGCCCGGGCGGCGGCGGCGGAGCGCUGGGUGGGCUGGGUGGGCUGGGAAGUGGUGUCAGCGUGGGCCUUGGGGGAGGAGGAGGAGGAGGGGGCGGAGGCGGAGCUGGCACGGCAUCCACACGCAGCCUGCUGUCUGCGGGGCCCAGCCAGGCGGCCAUGCCGGGCUUGGCGCCGGGCGCGGGCGGCGCGGCGCAGCUGUUGCAGGCCGGCGCCUCCGCCAGCCGCCUGAGCCCAGGCAACCUGGCCUCCCGCACCAGCCCCCAGGCCCCCCUCACGCGCCCCAGCCCCUCCUCCCACCACCUCAACGUCAGCACCGCAGCACGCCUCCACGCCGAGUCCAAACACAGCCUCCUCGCGCAGCUCAACGCAGCCGUGGCGGCGCAUGGGGGUUCCGGAGGUGGCGGCGCCGCGGCCGCGGCCGCGGGCGCUGGCGGGCCCGGCUCGCCGCGCAGCCAAGGCGGCGGCACCGCCCCCGGGAGUGGCACGGUGCCAAGCCGGGGAGGCAGCGGUAGCGGCGCGCCGCAGGCGGCGCUGCCGCCGGCGCAGGGCAGCGUUGGUGUGGCGGCGGCGGCGGCGGCUGGGCCGCCGCCGCCCAGCCGCGCGGGCGUGGCCGGCCUGGCGGCGGCGGCGCCGCCGCCGACGGCACCGACGUUGACAUCCAUGCGCCCCAGUGGUACUGUUGGUCUGACGUCGGCGGCACUGGCGGGCGCCAUGGAUGCUGAUGAGCCAUCGUCGGCAAGCGCUGGGGUUGGCGGCGGUGGCGGUGCCGGUGGUGCCGGUGGUGGCGGCGGCCCUACCACUAGCGACAACGGCAUGAUUGUGCUCACGGGCGGCAACUACAACAACCUGCAGAGCCCCUACACCACCGCCAGCGGCUACGGCUACGCCGCGGACCACCGCCUGUCACGCGGCAGCGGCCCCUCGGGCACCACCGCCGCCGCCGCCGCCGCCGCGGCGGCGCACGCCGUGGCGGUCGCGGGGCCGGUCGCCGGCGGCGCAGCCGGCAGCGGCGGCGGAGCCUCUGCCGCCGCCGCAGGCAGCAGCAGCGGCGGCGGCGGCGGCGGUCGGCGCCUGCACGGCCCGCCGCCGAUGAAGACAAGCAGCCACCCGGCCAUGUUUGUGGACGACGGCAGCGGCGCUGGCAGCGCCGCCGACUCCAACGCCUCGCAGGGCUCCGCACACGGCCGCUUCCCCGGCAAGUCCAGCAGCCAGCCCUUGCUCAACACAGGCGCCGCCGCCGCCGCCGCGGGCCGCGCCGGCAGCAGCGGCCUGCCCGGCAGCAGCCGCGCCUCGCCGCGCGCCGCCGCCGCCGCCGCCGGCGUCCAGGCGGUGCUGAGCCGCACGCUGUCAAGCGGCCAGCGAGCGUUCAGCAACCUGGGCGGCGGCGGCGGCGGCCCAACCGGCGGCGCCACCUCGCCUGGCGGCCCAGCCGCCGGCCGAGGUGGCGCCGCCGGCGCCGCCGCCGCCGGCGCGGUGAAUAUUCCUGGUGGCGCGGCGGCGCAGCGUGCGGCGCGUGCGGCGGCGGCGGCGGCGGGCGGGGAGCUGGACGGCGGCGGCGACGGCGUGGCUCUUGGGACGUCGCCGACCGGCAGUGUGCACGCCAUGGACCUCAGCCCGCCUGCCGCCAUACUCCGAGCCGCCACGUCCCGGCGGGGAUUCGCGCCCUCCGGCGGCGCGUCGCCGGCGGCCCCGGCAGAAGCCGCCGCUGCACAAUCAACAGCCAGUGCUGCUUCUGUCGGGCGCAGCGCUGCUACUGCCGUUGGCUCCCCUGCUAUGAGCGCAGGCGCGCGGGAGGCGGAAGCUGAGGCAGGGGUGACGGAGCGGAGUGUCAGCAUGCUGAUGCCCAUGCCUGCCACGCACGGCACGCAUGGCACGCACGGCGCACCGGGCGCCGGCGCCAACGCCUCUCCCAAGUACGGUGGCGGCGGCGCCGCCGCCAGGCGACGCGCGCCUCUGGAAGUGUCUGUCCCGGAGGAGGCAACGGGUCUGGAGGGAGAGGCCGGCGGCGGCGGCGCGGGCGGCGGCGUGGUGCCUGUGAGCUCGAUAUCCAUGGUGGCGGCGGCGGCGAUUGGCAGCGGUGGCCACAGCGCCAGCGGCAGCGCCGGGCAUUCGCGUGAGGCGCUACCGGUGUCCCGCCUGGGUAGCGGCAGCGGCACUGGCGUGCCGCCCGGCAUUGGCCCGCGCGGCGUGAGCGCCAGUGGCCGCGUCAGCGGCCCCGGCCGCCUCAGCAACACCGGCGGCGUGGGCUCGCCGUCGGCACGUGACGGCACCGUCAUGUCGCCGACCAUGGGUAGCAGGUGGAUUGCUACCGCCACGUCCGCCGCCGCGUCGCCGCGCACCGGCGCCCCCGGCGGCCGCACCAGCGGCCCCGGCGCCGAGGCUUACCCCUACCCGCAUCCCCACCACCACCACCACCACCACCACCAUCAGCACAACCAGCACAGCCACGGCGUUGCGGGCGUUGCAGGCAGCGGCGGCAGCAUCACGGGCAUGGGAGCCGCAGCCGGCGGCGGCGGCGGCGGCGGCGGCGGCACAAACAGCGGCAUGGCGUCGCCGGUCGGCGGCGGCGGGCCGCUCAUCAAUCGGGAGCUUCACAAAAUCGUAAAGCGGCUCAGGCCCAGCGGCGGCUCCUUUACAGGCAGCGGGAGCUCGCCGCUGGGGCUGCCGCCCAUGCCGCCCGUCGGCGGCGCCGCCGCCGGCGGGCCCGUCAUUGGCGGCGGCGGCGGCGGCUCAUUCACGUACAGCAGCCGCCGUACCUCGAUCGACUCGCCCGUACCGUCGUACACGAGCAUUGGCUCGGCUCGGUCCGCCACGGCGGCUCUGCAGGGAGCGUCCCUGCCCGGCCCCGCAGCCAGCGAGGGCAGAGAUGGCGGCGCUGGCGGCGGCGCCGCCGCCAUCGUCGGCGGCGGCAGCAGCGCCGGUGUGAGCCUGGGCGCCGCCGCCUCGGCCGCGGCCGCCGCCGCCGCCGCCGCCGCUGGCGGCGGGACGCUCGCGUCGCUUGCGAUCCGCGACCGCGGGCCGUGGGGCCGUGGCGCGCUGGGCAGUGCCGCAGGCAGUGCUCUGACCAGCGCCGCCGCCAGCGGCAGCGCCGGUUUUGUCGCCGCCGCCGGCAGCGACCCCAACUCCCCCGUCACUGGCUACGCCAGCGCCGCCUUCGCCGCCGCCGCCGCCGGCCUGGGCGCCGCCGCGGUGCGGCCCUCGUCGCCGCGUGUGGCUCGCAGCAUGCCGCAUGGCCCCGGCGCCGUCGGCGGCCUGCCGGCGUCCGCCGCCGGCGUCGCGCGCAUCAGCGGCCCUGGCAGCAUGGCGGGCGCCGGCGGCAGCCGCGUCACAAGCGGCGGCAGCGGAAUGGGCGGCGGCGGCGGCGGGGCCGGGGUGGGGCUGCCGCCGCCGCCGCCGGGCCGCGCGAUCAGCGGCGGCAUGAGCUCCGCGCAGCGGGGCUCGGCGAGCAGCGGCGGGCAGCUGGGCAGCAGCGCGGGAGAGGGGCGCCCCAUCCGGGCCCCCAGCUUUAUGCAGGGCAGUGCCCAGAGCAGCCACAGCCAGUCCUACGCUGGGUCGCCCUACGCCGGCGAAUACCCGCACGUCACAGGCGGCGGCGGCGGCGGCACAGCUGGCGGCACUCUGGCGGGUCUUGCCAACACCAUGGCUGCUCUGCGGAGCUCCCUGUCACGACAAAACACCAACGCCAGCAUGAGGGCGGCGGCAGUAGCAGCAGCGGCGGCGGGCGGCGGCGGCGGUGGUGGUGGGGGCACGGCGGGCCUGGUAGGCGGGCAGGCCCCCACGGCGCUGGCCUCGCCGCUGCUUGCGCACGUGACCCAGCGCUGUGGCAGCCAGGCCAGCAGCACAGCGCAGCGCCUGGUAUCGGAGUCGGCCAUGAGUAGCACCCUGGGCGGCUGGACCUACCGCGAGGAUUCCGCCACGCAGCAUUACGGCGGCGGGGGCGGAGGCAUGAUGGGAGGAGCAGGCGGGGCGGGAGGAGGAGGAGGAGGAGGCGGAGCAGGAGGAGAGAAGGGCGAGGCGGUGUAUGCGCUGACGGGGCGUGCCGGUACCAUGAUGUACAUGGCUCCAGAGGUGCUGCGCGACGAGCCCUACAAUGAGAAGGUGGACGUGUUCAGCUUCGGUGUGGUGUUAUACGAGGUGUUCGGGCGGCUGCUGCUGCUGGACAGCUACAGCCGCGACGAGCUGGAGGCGCUGUCGGCGCGCAUCGCGCAGGGCUUCCGGCACCACCGGCCGGAGUGCGUGCCGCAGGCCAUUUGGGACAUCGUGCAGCAGUGCUGGGCGCAGAACCCGGCGGACCGGCCCUCCAUGCCGCUGGUGGUGCGGCAGCUGGAGUUGGCGCUCGAGGCGCUGGUGGAGGCGGACGCGGCCAGCAUGGCGGCGCAGGCGAUGUCGGGUCGGCCGGGCUCGCUGCUGGCCCUGACCAGCGACGGCGGCCUGGCGGGGCAAGGCCUGGGCCUGGGCGGCAACGGCGGCGCCAGCAGCCCCCUGGUGGGCAGCCUGGGCGGCGGGCUGGCGGGCACGGGCGGCGGCGGCACCGGCACAGCCAGCGCCGUCACCACGGAGAAGCAGCGCAGCAGCGGCCGCAGCCUAGCCAGCCACCGCAGCCUCGUCAGCAUUGGGUCGGUGGGCGGGCGCAGCAAGGGCGGCGGCAUCUCCUUCCGCCGCCGGCCCUCGCUGCCGCGCGCGCAGCCGUCCGGGCCCACCGCGCCCACGCCCGGCCGGGCGCCGCCGCAGGCGGUGCCCUACCACAGGCCCAUGUCACUGGAGGUCCCGUCAGGCGGCAUGGGCGGACCCAACAGCAUUGGCAGCGGCGCGCUGGCGUCACCGGGGGCGGCGUCACGCGGCUCGGGCGGCGCGCUGGCGAGUUUUGACAUGGCGGAUGUGGAGGGCGGCGGGCGGCAGGGCCAGCCGCGGUGCGGGCCCUGCGGCUGCGUGAUCUGCUGAGGCGGCAGCGGUGAGGGUGGCGGCCUGGCGGGGCCUCCAGGCAGAGGAGGGGGCUGUGGAGGCUGCGGCGGAGAGGCGGAGGUGUUGGUGUUUUUGGGGGGGUUGCAAGGAUGUUUGGAAAAGCGGGGGGGGGAGGAUGCUUUCGGCAUGAUGAUCAGCGAGGGGUAAGAGACGCGGGGGGGCGUGAUGUGUUGUUGCCUUGUUGGGCAUGUCCAGGGCGGGCGUGCGCGGCGGCAGGAUGCCUGGAUAGGCAUUGGAGGGCUAUGGAGUUCAUAUGCCCGAGCCUAACGAGUACGGUAGGUCCAAAACAUAUCGUGACAAUGUCGCCGGACCCGGCAAUGCAUUGGUACAUUUGUGCAGCUUGGUCAGUACCCUUCGGCGACGGUUCGUGUGGGUGAUGAUAUGUCGGUAGACGGUAGACCGGAGGCGCCGCACUGCGAACGCAUAGUGGGGGGAAACGGGAGCGGGUGGGCCAGGCUGGAAUGGCACAACUGGGAGUCAGUCCAGGCACCUUGGGCGGUUGCGGGAAACGGAGCGGGCAAAGAUUUGCUGACUCGGGUGUGGCGAUGCGCGUGGGGGGCCGCGCUUGCAGGGCUGAGCGGUGGGAGACUGCAAACUUUGGAUUGUGGUGGGGCUGAUGUGUGUGUGUGUGUGUGUGUGUGUGUGUGUGUGUGUGUGUGUGUGUGUGUGUGUGUGUGUGUGUGUGUGUGUUAAAGAGCACAAGGAAAACGUUGCGCAAUGUGUGUGUGUGUGUGUGUGUGUGUGCAUGUACACGUGUGUGUGCAGUCAGGCGCACGUGCGCGCAGUGAGCCGCGAGGUCGCGCCGCGCAAGCAAGGAGCGAGCGCAUUAUGGUAUAGAGAUGGUGUAGUGGAGAAUCAGACCGGACUAUCUACAUCAGAUCUUAAGAUUGGACCGGACCGGACGAGGCAUGUGUGCGGCGAUUUGCAGAGCCGGGUAGUGUGUGCAUGCCAACGCUGCACAGGGCGUGUACGGCGAAGCCGUAGGUGUCUGCACGCCAGCACUCCACAGCUUAUCUGUGCCGCCGUUGCUGCGUGUGCUGCCAUGGGAGCAAACGGUGUGAAGCAAUCAGAGGCUUGUGAGUCCUUCCGUAUGCCGUCACACCACAUAUAUGCCUCCUGCCCACUUUGCCUGGUUCAUCACACUCCACAGAUCUCUUUGGCUUCCCUCCGCGUUCGUCGGAAGUCUGGCAAUUAGAUGGCGCCAAUCGGCCGGACACCCAUGUGUACGAAUGUGUGUAAAUGGAUGCGGAUUACAAUUGAAGGGACUUGGGUCUUGGGGGAGUUUUUAACGGACACGGGGACUGGCCGGGCAUGACAGCGCAGAUGGCGGAUGGAUGUUGGGACUUGGGAAAGGGUGCAGCAGCCACCACAGCCCUCCGUGGCUGGGGGUGGUGAUAGCUGACUCGCGAGGGGGCGUGUAGAUACCAGCCCAAACGGGUGGGUGGCGCCUGGUGCGUGUCAAGGUGCGUGUGCACGUUCAGGUACCUGCAUUUCGUGGACUGAAGUCCAUGGCUGAAGCCAGGUAAAGACAUGCGUCAGUGCAUGGGCACAUCGCCGUAGUUAUUGACCUGGA